CUGGGCAACCCGGGACCGGGCGGCUACGGCGUCAUCCUGGACCACCAGGGCCGGCGCAAGGAAAUGUCAGGCGGGUACUCGCUAACGACCAACAAUCGCAUGGAGUUGCUGGCUACCAUCGUUGGUCUGGAAGCCCUGACCAAGCCGUGCCAAGUCACCCUGCACUCCGACUCCCGCUACGUGGUGGACGCCGUCAGCAAGGGGUGGGCGGCCAAAUGGCAACGCAACGGCUGGAUGCGAAACAAGCGCGAGGCAGCGGUCAAUCCCGACCUUUGGGAGCGCCUGCUGGACCUGUUGGAACGGUAUCCCACCGACUUCCGGAACAAAAGGGGAACCAUCAUGGCCGUAUCCGCCAGCACCAUCCGCAACGUCGCUCUGCUUUCCCAUAGCGGCGCGGGCAAGACCACCCUUGUCGAGACCAUGUUGUUCAAUGCCCAGGUGAUAAACCGCCUGGGGAGAGUGGAGGACGGCACCACCGUUUCAGACUACGAACCGGAGGAAAAUCGGCGGUCGUCCAGCGUCCAGACGAGCCUGCUGCGGUUGGAUGACGGCGACAGCAAGAUCAACAUGCUGGACACCCCUGGAUACGACGAGUUCCUCGGGGAAGCCGUCGCCGCGGUCAGGGUGGUCGAGUCCGCUGUGAUAGUGGUGGCCGCUCCCACGGGCGUUGACGUCGGCACCGAACGGGGAUGGAACAUGGCCCAGGAGCGGGGCCUGGCGGUAGCCUUCGUGCUGAACAAGAUGGACCGGGAGAACGCCAGUUUUGAGCGCAGCGUCCAGGAGCUGCAGGACAUAUUCGGGACCCGCUGCGUACCGUUCCAAUUACCCGUCGGCGAGGCCCAGGACUUCACCGGCCUGGUCAGCGUGAUCGAUCCGCCCGCCGACAUGCCCGCCGGCGUCAUCGGCGAUUUCGACGCGGCCCGCGAACGCCUCAUCGAAGCGGUGGCGGAAUCGGACGACGAACUGGCUGACAAGUACCUGGAAGGGGAAGACAUCACCGCCGCAGAGGUGACCGCCGGCGCCCGCAAAGCCAUUAUUAGCGGCGACCUCAUUCCCAUCCUGGUCACCUCCGCGACGCAGGACAUUGGAGUGAACGAGUUGGUACAGGUGAUGCGCGACUUUCUGCCGUCGCCGGCCGACAGCCCUCAAACCUCCGGCGACGACGACAUGGCGCCCGACAGCGCGGGUCCGGCUGCCGCGGUGGUGUUCAAAACGACGUCCGACGCGUUCGUGGGCAAGCUCUCGAUGUUCCGCGUGUUCCGCGGGUCGAUGAAGUCCAACGGCGAUAUCUACAACGUCAACCGCAACCAGUCCGAGCGGCUGGGCCAGCUCUACUUGCCGCAGGGCAACAGCCAGGAAAACGUGGCCGAGGUGGUGGCCGGCGACAUUGCCGCCGUCGGCAAGCUGGGCUCCACCCUGACGGGCAACACCCUGUGCGCCAGCGAUGCCCGCGUCACGCUCCCCGGCAUCGAAUUCCCCAAGGGCUUCUACUCGUUGGCGGUGGUUCCCGCCACGCAGGCCGACCUGGACAAGAUGUCAACCUCGUUGGCCAGGAUUGUCGAGGACGACCCCAGCCUGCAGUUCACCCGCAAUCCGGAAACCAGCGAGAGUCUGCUGACCGGUUUGGGCGAGGUGCAGAUCGAAGUCGCUCUGGAUCGUAUCAAGCGGAAGUUCGGGGCCAGCCUGAACGUCAAGCUGCCCGUCGUACCCUACCGGGAGACGAUCACGCAGAUCACCAAUUCCGAAUACCGCCACAAGAAGCAGACCGGCGGCAGCGGCCAAUACGGCCACGUCCUGCUCCGGCUGGAGCCCAAGAUCCGAGACGAAGGCUUCGAAUUCAGCAACGAGGUCGUGGGAGGACGGGUGCCGCGGGAACUCAUUCCGGCCGUGGAGAAGGGCGUCGUCAGCAUGCUGAAAGAAGGCGUGUUGGCCGGAUUCCCAGUGGUCGAUCUCAAAGCAGUGCUCUACGACGGCAGCACCCACCCGGUGGACGGCAAACCCAUCGCCUUCGAGAUUGCCGGCAGCCAGGCGCUGCGCCAGGGCAUGACCAAGGCGUCGCCAGUCCUGCUGGAGCCCAUCGUGAAGUUGUACGUCACGGUGCCGGAGAACUAUACCGGGGACAUCAUCAGCGACAUCAACAGCAAGCGCGGCCGCAUUUUGGGCAUGGUUCCGGAGACUCGCUACACCAUCGUUGAGGCUGAGGUGCCGCAGUCCGAGGUGCAGCGGUACUCCCAGGACCUGCGUUCCAUGACCGGAGGGCGCGGUUCGUACCGUUUCGAAUUCGGCCACUACGAACAGGUGCCCCAGAACAUCGAGCAGCGAGUGAUCGAUACCGCCAAGCAGGCCAAGGCGGUAACCAUCGCAUAG